AUGGAAGGAUAUUUGUCAUAUGACUGGCCUGUGGAAGGUAUUUUGACCGCAGGACAACCUCUUACGAGUCGACUCGCUGCUAGUGUUGGUAAAGUUUGUAAAUAUCUACUGUGCAACUACAUUGCGACAGAAUCUUUUUACGUGCCGGAAUCGAAAAUUACCAGCCCAGAUGAUUUCGUUGGAUUUGGAUGCGGAAAGCCGGUCAGUUAUUCUGGAUUGGAAGUGAAAAUCGUUGACGAAAAUAGUGAAAUUGUCCCCGUCAACCAUAGAGGAGAAAUAUAUGUUCGAUCUGAAAUUAUGUUUAAAGAAUAUUUUACUGAUUUUGAAGAAAAAGCGGUUAAAACCCUAGAUGGAUGGUAUAAAACAGACGAUAUCGGCCAGACGGCGGAACACGGGCCAAUUCUUUAUAGAGGGUCGGAAAUCAAACAUGAUUAUAUCCGGUGGAUUUAA